AUGGUCCCUUGUGUUCACUGCACUGGAAACUGCGCUGAACCUGCCAAUAUUGAGGAAAGUCAGUCGUUGGUCGGCAUUCCGGUGCUGGCUCAUUUGAUGCCAGCACAGAUUAGGAUGCCUAUGAGGUGAUGUGCCCGUGCAUAUUUAGGUUCUGAGCCCCUUUGGAGGUUUAGUCUUUACUGAAUCUGACAGUGAAUGUGGCUGAGAUAACUGCGCCAGGCUAAACACCAUACAAAGUCAAUCCCCAUGAACAAGCCCUUGGCUGGGCAGUGUGUUCAGGGCUUACUUGAGCUGGCACACUGACUGGACAUCAUGAUUUUGGAGGGCCUUCCUGCUCCUCUCACACUCCGAAAAUUAGUGUAACUGAAGUCUGUCAAUCCAGUGAAUUUUUCAGUUAUCUAGUCAACCUGCUAAAGAGGUCAAAAUGGCUGACCGCACCGUUCCUCAUGCCUACCCAAUGAGUAUGGAUUACGAGAUGUGUUCACCCCCUCGAAUCUAUGAUCAGAACUUUGCAGAAGCACUGAGUCCCAAGGACCUUUUGACCCCUGUCCUGUACCACGGUUACUACAUUCGUCCCCGCAUCAACAAGCAGCUCGAGCGGGGCUUCUCUCAGGUAGAAAGUGAAGAUGAUUGGUAUCGAGUUUUGCUGGACGUGUGCCAGUUCACUCCGGAUGAGAUCAGUGUGCGAACAGUGGACAACCUGUUGGAGGUGACUGGGCGGCACGCUCAGAGAAUGGACCAGCAUGGCUUUGUGAGUCGUGAGUUUACCCGCACAUACAUCUUACCAAUGGGUGUGGAUCCACUGCUGGUGCAGGUGUCUCUCUCACACGACGGGAUACUGUGUAUCCAGGCACCACGAAAAACUGAGGACCUGGAGCCUAAAAUCAACCAGCUCAAGAUUAAAGUGGACAAGAAGGAAAGCAAAAGUUAAUCAAAUGGACUUGAUAUAAGCAGGCAUACAUGGAAUCCCGCAGAACUCUGUUGAAAAGUCUAUGGAGUUGGAUUGUCCAACACUUGCGUGCUCAUUUAUUAAAUAUUUUGGAUAUUUUGAAGAAUUCGAAGUUCUCUCACUUGUGUUGUCUCACAGUUUGUUAAAAUGCAUUCCACAGAAUUCUGCAGAUUCCAAACUAAAAUGAGUGCAGAAAAAGUCUACAGAUUUCUUCUGGGUCUG